AUGCUGGUGAGCGUAUUUGAGCAUCCUCAGACUGCAGUGACUCAAGAAUCCCUUUCAAUUUGGGAGCAAACGCCGCGUUGGGGAGCGACAAUGGGGACUUCUGUCUGUGCUGUGGUGGGUGCUGUGGUGGGUGCUGUGGUGGGUGCUGUGGUGGGUGCUGUGGUGGGUGCUGUGGUGGGUGCUGUGGUGGGUGCUGUGGUGGGUGCUGUGGCUGAAAUGUCCGUUGACUGGCGUCGGUCUUCUCUAGACGUUCGCUUCGAGCUUUUAGAUGAUGACGCAAUAUUCGAUGGCUGUGAUGAUGCGGACACUUCUGACUCCUCUACAGGUCUGUUGUUGUUGCUGUCGUUAGUACUAUCGUUAUCGUUAAUAUCGCCAGUCGACGUCACCCGACGGCUCUUGGGGAAGGGCAGAUGGAGCCGUUUUCGCAGUAGACGUUGCGUCCAGUAUUGUGAUAUCUGCUUUUCUUUUUUUGGUGAUGCUGUUUUAGUACUAUCGUUAUCGUUAAUAUCGCCAGUCGACAUCACCCGACGGCUCUUGGGGGAAGGUGAAGAUGGAGAGGUUUCGGUAGUAGACGUUGCGUCUAGUAUCGUGAUUUCUGCUUUUCUCUUUUUGUUUGUAAUGGAAUCCAUUAUUUCUCGGUGUAAGUCGCGUGUACGAAAGAAAGUGAAAAAAAGUGGAAAAAAGUGA